ACUUUAUAAUCCUAAAACCUGCCCUUGCUUCCACAUAUUCAUCAACAGAAAACCAGGACCCAAAAAUGGGAAGCUCUAGAUUCUCCUUCAGUUUCCUCGCGAUUUGUGCUAUCCUGGCCGUCCACGUGGAGGUUUCAUCUUCGUCUCCCACUCUCGAUUUCGUCGGCGACCAUUUCCGCCCGGUUAAAUCGGAAUGCCGCGGAUCCAUCGCCGAAUGCCUGAUGCUAAGCGGGGAGGAAUCUUCGGACUUCGACGCCGAGUUCGCCAUGGGCUCCGAGAUCACCAGGCGCAUUUUAGCCACGACUCGUUACAUUAGCUACGGCGCGCUGAGUAGAAACAGGGUGCCAUGCUCGCGACGUGGCGCGUCGUAUUAUAACUGCCAGCCGGGAGCUCAGGCAAAUCCUUACUCACGCGGAUGCAGUAGAAUCACGCGCUGUAGGAGUUAGGAUUAUUUAUUUUUAUGUCCUUACAAAAAAAAUUAAUUUUCGUUUUCUUUUUCUUAUAUUUGAUUUUGAAUUCUGUGAUGGGGUUGUUGUUUUAUUUUUUUUUCUAAAAAUUUUUAUUAAAUACGUAUAUAAAAUAGUGAGUGGAAUAAAGAUGAAGAGUAUUGCAUAAAUUAUGAUUAUGUUGCUAAUGUGUUGUAAUUAAACCUUGCUUAUUUA